AUGACAUUGACCAGACCUCAAUAUCAACCAGUGGCUAAGGGCCAUAUCGAUGAGAUUCCUCUCAUGGAGACAGGAAGUCAACAUGGCGAUGAGGCAUACGACUCGGAUUUAGAGCUCAACACCAGCGAAAUUCUAAACACGGAAGUCAAACAAGACAACAUAUCUAGAAAAACGCUUAUUCGCGUCCUCGCGGCCAAUGGGGUCAUCCAGAUCCCAAUCUGGGGCUUUGCCAUCAGCUACGGGGUCCUGGAGGAAUAUUACUUCAACAACUGGAAUUUGAGCGGUAAUAAAGACAUAACAGGUGCAAUUGGUACCACCGCAAAUGGCAUCAUGUACCUCUCCAUGCCCUUCCUUUUCGCCCUCUUCACCAGACGCUGGGCAUACAUGCGUCAAUACGCCGCGGUCUGUGGUGCGCUGAUAGCAUCCGUCAGUUUUUUCCUAUCAACCUUCAGCACCAAUGUCUGGCAUCUCGUCCUCACGCAGGGCAUCACCUCGGCGUUUGGCUGCGCACUUAUCUACAGCCCCAUCACGCUCUCCCUUGGUGAAUGGUAUACCACCAGCAACCGGUCUAUAGCCUACGGGCUGGUACUUUCCUGCAAGAAUAUCGUUGGAACGCUGGGUCCAUUUCUUUUGCGUGCCUCGCUUGAUAGCUGGGGCUUCCGCGUUACGAUGAUCGGGUGGUCGGUGUUUGUCGGUGCGGCAAGCCUCCUCAGCAUCAGCCUUGUUCCUGUGCCGCCGUCAAGAAUGGUGAUGCACAAAACACCAGAGAGACACAUUCCCUGGCACUUUCUCAAACACCCAGAUAUGUACUUUUACGGUAUUGCUAUUUUCUUCCAGGGUGCUGGUUAUGGCCUCCCGCAGACGUACCUCGGCACAUAUGCUCAAGACUUUGGCUUGUUUUCCGAAACGAUAGGCACCACAGUUCUGGCAUCGCAAAACGCCGUGGGAAUUCUUGCUUCCGCCUUUUUCGGAUGGUUAAGCGAUAACAAGCACAUUGUUCUUUCAGCACAGGUAGUGUCAGCGAUUCCAUGUCUUGCCAGUGGAUCAGCCGUGUUUCUCUUCUGGGGAAACACUACCCAGGGUGGUCUUUUCCUGCUAGUCAUCUUCUCCAUUACCUUUGGCUUCUUCUCUAGUGGCUACAGUGCAACCUGGGGAGGCAUCUUGAAACAGAUGGAGAAUGACUCUGCAGGCAGGGGAGAGGCGAUAGAUGCAGGGCUGAUCUAUGGAUUGAUCAACGGUAUCAGAGGAGUAGGGUAUCUUGUUGGAGGCGCAGCGAGUGUUUGGUUGAUAAACGCUGGAACCAUAUCUGAUUGCCAGCAUUGGGGGUUUGGCAGCAGCUACGGACCUCUUAUCCUGUUCACGGGACUUACGUCUCUGGCGGGCGGUUGGGUGGUAAUUUGGAGUUGGUGGCCUGAAACAUGGUCACUUGGGCGUCACAGAUAG